AUGGUUAUCCUUUUUAUAUUCAUUAUAAAAAGUAAAGCAACACCAGUUGAGUAUGAAAAUUAUGAUGACUACGAUUCAUACAAUCAAGACUCUGAGAAUAGUUACGAAGAAGAAUCAUACCCAGAUGAAGGAUACUCAGGCUAUGAAUAUGAUUCACACGAUAAUAACUACGACUUUGAUUCCCCGCUAGUCUCAUCCGCGGUACGCUUUUAA